CAUUCAUUCAAUUCUGUGUACAACAAUCGAGAAGUCAAAAUCAAUUUUGACCAGAAAAGAGAGACACAGAGAGUGAUCGAUCUUUUGGUUCAAUCGAUCUCUUUCUCUUGUAGUCUCUCACAGUCGCUAUGGGUUUAUGGGAAGCUUUUCUCAAUUGGCUUCGAAGCCUCUUUUUCAAGCAAGAAAUGGAGCUCUCUUUAAUAGGUCUCCAAAACGCUGGAAAAACAUCACUUGUUAACGUUGUCGCUACUGGUGGAUAUAGUGAAGAUAUGAUCCCUACAGUGGGAUUUAAUAUGCGAAAAGUAACUAAAGGAAAUGUAACAAUCAAACUAUGGGAUCUUGGUGGACAACCUAGAUUUCGUAGUAUGUGGGAGAGAUAUUGUCGUGCAGUUUCUGCAAUUGUGUAUGUUGUUGAUGCAGCGGAUCCUGAUAACUUGAACAUAUCAAAGAGCGAACUUCAUGAUUUAUUAAGCAAGUCGUCGUUAAAUGGAAUCCCUUUGCUUGUGUUGGGAAACAAGAUUGAUAAAGAUGGUGCUUUAUCUAAGCAAGCUUUGACUGAUCAAAUGGAUUUGAAGUCUAUAACGGAUAGAGAAGUAUGUUGCUAUAUGAUUUCGUGCAAGAAUUCGACAAACAUUGAUUCGGUUAUUGAUUGGCUAAUCAAGCAUUCCAAAUCCAAAACUUAAAAGUUUUAUGAGUAAUAAAAAUAUUUAUUGUUUGUUGUUUCAUGUUGUUGAGUUGGAGUUUGAUAAUCUUGAUAUGAAAAACAAAUGGAAAUUUCGAGUUA